GCAAAUUGGCAAUCCCUUGUCGUUUUCCCGGCAUAUUUGUUAUCACUUGGUGUCCUUACCACGUUGUUGUUUUUUCUCAUUUUUCUUCUUUGUGUCCUCACGGUUUUUUCAUUAAGCUAAUUGAACACAACCCAACAUACCAGUUUAAAAGAUGGCCACUGUCGCUGGUCCGGACGGCCGCCUUCACUAUGUCUACACAAUCAGCGGUGUCCGUGUCGAGUUUCCGGCCAAGGCUUAUCCGUCGCAGAUUGCCAUGAUGGAUAAAGUGAUUCGAGGAUUGCAGCGUGGCCAGCAUUGUCUACUGGAGAGUCCGACCGGAUCCGGCAAAACACUGGCCUUGUUGUGCGCCAGCCUGGCGUGGCAGAGAGCGGAAGCAGAAAAUGUCAGGAAGUUCAACGAAGCCGUCGAAGCGACAGCGCGGGCCAGCCUCAAAACGCUCAAAACCGAAAUUCAAUCAACGGAUGGAGGGCCAGAUAUGAAAAUGGGAAACUGGAACGCGGAGGCCGUCAAAAAAGAACCGACCGCUCCAAAAGUCAAAGUUGAAUCCUCGCCGGCCAGUGACAUGUCGGCCUAUUACUCGGACGACAACAGCGACGACGAUUUUAAAAUGCCGACCAAGAAAAGAACUAAGAUUUCGAAAUCGCCGCCAGAGAAGCCGUUGGUUGCCAUUCGUCCGGCUGGAUCGUCGGCUCCAAUCAAAAUGGAAGACGUGAAGACGGAAAGAGUGAUGUUGUCCGGCGAUGGAAGCGUCGAGUCACCUGUCGAACAGCCGUUCAUUCAACGGAAGCAAAAGAUUCCCAAGAUCUUUUUUGGAACGCGGACGCACAAGCAAAUCACUCAAGUGGUCAAAGAAUUCCGCCGCACCGUCUACUGCAAUACUCCGAUGGGCGUACUGGCCAGCAGGGAACACACCUGCAUCCAUCCAGAAGUGUCGCGUUCCGCCAACAAAAACGAAGGUUGCAAAAUACUAAAUGACCGACGAUUGGCCAAACAGGAUCCGCAGCAGAAGGGUGGUUGUUCUUACCGUUGGCAAGGCAAAGACAAGCUCAAGACGCAAGCUCAAAUUCGUAACUAUGGACUGGUCAGUGGUUGGGAUAUCGAAGAUUUGGUGAGUUUAGGCCGUCGCAUUCGGGUUUGCCCAUAUUACGCUUCGCGCGACAUGUCUGAGCAAGCGCAGAUCGUCUUUAGCCCUUACAAUUACCUGAUUGAUCCGAGGGUACGUCAGUCGAUGAAGAUCCCAAUUAAUGACAAUAUUAUCAUUCUCGACGAGGCUCAUAACAUCGAGGAUUCUGCGCGCGAAUCAGCUGGAGGUUCUUGGUCACAAGAGGAUUUUCGCUUGGCUCUCAAUGACUGCGAGAAAAUCGGUAAUCGGCACCCGACGAUGGAAAAAGAAAUCGAUAGACUGGCCAAAUUCUCGUCUUACAUGAUGCAAUGGAUCGGCAAACACGCCACGAACAUGAAGAGUGUCGGCUUCGACCGGGAAGUUCACGUGAUGACCGGCACGGAAUUUGUAGCCAAUUUGAGCGUCGACGGCUACGGUCCCGAAAUGCUGGUCGAGCUCAAGGCGAUAAUCGAUUAUAUCUUCAACGAGCAACUCGAGUCGGAUUGGAAUGACAAAGAGGGCAGCCAGGACCCACAAUUGUCGGCUGCCACUCAAACUCUCCUCGAAGGAUUCCUCAUGAUUAUGGAUUUGAUGUUGAACGGUAAUCAAAUUCACCGCGACGACUACCGGGCCGUAGUCGUUCGCACUGUCGAGAGGAAACAGAAAAAAGGACCUGGAUCGUCAUUUUUCGGGAAAGCCAACAUCGCCUCGCAGUGGACAUACGCCCUCAAUUUAUGGUGUCUCAAUUCGGCUGUCGUGAUGCAUGAAAUCAAAGAGAGUACGCGAUCUAUCAUCGUCACAUCAGGCACGCUGUCACCCUUGGCCUCUUAUCAGUCGGAACUCGAUAUCGAUUUCAAGCUCACUCUGGAGGCCAAUCAUGUCAUUCCGGCCAAACGUGUGUGGAUAGGGACCAUCUCGCAGGGGCCUAGGAACACUCUGCUCAACGGGACAUUCAAGGUGACCGGGACUUUUGAAUAUCAGGAUGAACUCGGCCGGUUGGCUUUGUCCGUCUGCCAGACGAUUCCGCACGGUGUUUUAUGCUUCCUGCCCUCUUACAGUCUAUUGGAGAAGCUUGUCACUCGAUGGCAGGACACGGGUCUAUGGCAACACCUUUCCAAUUACAAAACCAUCGUUUGCGAGUCGCGAGAUUCACGCGACUUUGAGGAAACGCUCAAGAGUUUUUACUCGGCCAUCGAAGACAGCGUAAAUGCUCUGAGUUGCUUAGACUUGGACGGCUCGGGUGAUGGGUCUGAAUGCCCGAGCAAAAAAACUGGUGACGUACCCAGCGGCGCUCUGAUGUUGGCUGUAUGUCGAGGCAAAGUCAGCGAAGGACUUGACUUUACCGAUAACAAUGCCCGGGCCGUCAUUUGUGUGGGAAUCCCUUUCCCAAAUUUCAAAGAUACUCAAGUCGAAUUGAAACGCCAAUACAAUGACAAAUUGUCCGCCUCUACACCGUUACUCAACGGAAGUGAGUGGUACGAGAUCCAAGCCUUCAGGGCAUUGAAUCAAGCACUAGGACGCUGUAUCAGACACAAAGCCGAUUGGGGAGCUAUUCUCCUAGUGGAUGAUCGUUUUGCAAAAACGCCACGAUACGUGAACCAAUUAUCCAAAUGGGUCCGGUCUUCUAUUCGUCACUUCCACUGCUUUCCGCCCAUGUUAAACUCGUUGAAGGAAUUUGCCGAUAACUUUGUAGCAGAAGACGCUGCUGCUUUGGUUGCCAGUCAGCAACAGCUACUUUCAUCUACUCAAGAAGAGUCGCAAUCGUUCACCCCUAUGGUCGUCUCCAGCUCACCUUAUUUCACCAAACCCGCUGUGUCGUCACCGAAUGUGGUUUAUCUUUCCGAGGAUGAAAACGAUUCCAUUCUCUCUGUGAAUGAUAGUCUCACUGCUGAGAUUUCGCCGUUGAAGACACGUCCAGUGCAGAUGAACGCAUCACCAGUCAAGCCUUUGUUGACUAACAAGAUAUCGCCGACGUUGCCUGUGCAGUCGAACGAAAUGAAGACAACUCCCGUCAGGCACCCUGUGUCUAGAAUCAAGAAACCGUUCGCCACUCUUUUGGGGAAUUCGAAUAAAUUAUCGCUUUCUCAGCGUAAAUUGGCUGCCGAGAAUGGAUCUCACUAUUUCCAGGAUAUGAAUCCAGCUUCCGCAAACGUCAAACCUGAUUUUGAUUCUUAAUGUAUUUUGAUAAUAUUGUACGUUGUUCUACCCAACUAAGCGAAAUAUUCUUGUAAGUGGAUUCCUUUACUCAUUAUCAUUUCAACACUAUGUACGGGUUGUCCAUCGAAUUGUUGAAGUGCACAGGUUGUUCUAAAAAGAUUCCAAUUACCGAUGCAGAAUUUUUUUAAGGAACAGUGGGUAAAAUUGUUUAAAUUUUUUACUACAGGGAAAAUAAAAGGCAAUUGCCCAAUUUAGAUACUUA